AUGAAGCGAGAUAUUAAUCCAACCGCAAAAAGCAGACAGACAAGAAGAAAAGAAAAUUAUCGGGACUGCAGCAACAACUACGGUAUCAACUACGACAUCCGCCAGCAGCAGAUCUAUGCUAUUGAAAUAAAGGACAGAGGCGCCAUGGAUGUGAAGGGCCUCACCCUUCGAAGCAAGGCUUCCCGCCGUCGCCCCAAGAUCAGUGCUCCGCAGCCUAUCACGAAUCACAACAACUCCGCCGCGCCAGCAGCAGGACGAGCUCCAGAAGCCAGACACCACCCGCAGCCCAGUGAUGCUACUUCGGACCUUGUUAAACGAAGAUACUCUGCGAAAUUCAAUACUCUCCCGGGCAUCGACUCGGAAGCUCCUCCAGUCCCCAGCCUUCCAAGCGCUCCCAUAGACCACUUUGCCUCAGACAGGGAGCCCACGUCCGCGGGGGGAGCACAGCCGAUUCGAGUGGAUGCGAAUGCCUUGAGAAACCCGAAUUUACCAAUUGAAAGCUAUGUGACCGGGCUGUUAGAACAUGCCUCGGAACAGGACAUACGAGACUAUCAGAGUGACUUGCGGAAACUAAAGAGCAAAACCUCCUCUGACCUACAGCAGAGCGUGUACCAGAACCGCACCCAGUUCAUUAAAAUCAGUAAGGAAGCUGAAAAGUUAAGGGAGGAGAUGAGCACCCUUCGCGGCCUCAUGUCCGAGCUUACUACCACUCUAGGCCAAGCCAACGCAACGAACGGAGCAAAUGGUUCACAACCGGGCUUUGAUGAUGCGCCAGCUAGGAGACACGCCCAUAGGAGUUCUAUUGCUAACCUGGAGAGCAUGUGGAAUAUUCAGCUGCAGCAGUUAUGGAAGAAUGUUGAACGUUCUCAAAAGUAUCUUCCAGCAAUCCCGGGGCGACACAUCGUCAUGGAAUCGAGCCAAUGGGUUGAACUUGAUUCUGCUACGUGGAAACCAAGACGUCCAGUUCAUAUUGUUCUUCUCAAUGAUCAUCUGCUCAUCGCUGCAAAGAAAAGAAAGCGAGUGGAUCCAAACACUGCUAACGGGAAGUCAGUUUCUGUUCCAACAAAACUGGUAGCGGAAGAGUGCUGGCCACUACAGGAUAUCGACAUGAUUGACCUUGGAUCUGGCUUAAAUUCUGGCGAAGACAUGGAUGAACGUGGCGUGCCAAAUGCAGUCAACAUUCGAUAUGGCCAAAGCUCCUUUACCUAUCGUCAUGACCAGCGGAAUAACAAGGCUAAGAAUGAGCUGGUCAUGACUUUCCGAAAGACGCUGGAGGAGCUCCGUAAAAGCCUAAAAUCAGAGGCAGAGGUUGCUGCCAAAUCCCGGGAGGCACUGAUGAACAACAGUCAGCCUGCAUCUCACCGGCAUUCUGAAUUUCUAGAUACCAUGGACCCUCGUGAUAAACUAGAAGUUUUAAUUGAUGUCGACGGAAAGCAACAGAACAUGAGAUGGGUGGAAGGUCAACUUGAUGAACUUGAUAUUGACAUCGCAAUCCAAGUGUUUGAAACUGCUGUUUCGCGUGUUGAGAAACUUCGAAAACUGGCAAAAGGACUGAAAGGGAAUCAAACCGCUCAGGAGGCCAUUAACUCCGGAGUAGAUGCUAGGGCUAACAAACUUGCCGAAAUUCUUCUUCGAGCCCUAGUCGAUACUAAUUCUUUCAUGAAUGCUACAAAGACGAAUGUUGCCUGGUUGACUCGGCUGGGUUAUGAUGAUCGAGCUCGGGAAGCUUACCUCAAUGCUAGGAGCCAAAUAAUAACCAAACGUGCUAGACACUGUGUUUUUGAAGGUGACUUGCUGUUAUAUAUAUUCCAAAUUUCGUUUGUCUACUUCACCAUGAUUCGGAACACGAUCGCCAUCUAUCAACAAUGUUUCCCAUCACCCAUGUCCAGUGCAAGUAUUAAAUGGGGCAAGGAUCAUUUGGACGACUUUAAUGCUACUCUAAGCCGUCAGCUUAGCAGUGUUGAGCCCAGCAACCCCGUGUGGGAGAAAUGCAUGGAGAUAGUAUACCAACAUGCUAGCUCACUUUCAGAAGUCGGGGUGGAUUUUAAAGAUAUGAUCCGUGUUGAAGGACUGGUUGUCAAAUCCCCGAAUAGCACCCCAACAGAGUGA